GUGUAACCUACUGGCUAUAAGUGGCGUCUAGUAACUAAGAAGGCAUAUCGUGAAAUGUUUAACUUUAAUGUGAAGAUCAAUGAGAUGAGGGAGCCAGUAUGGAUCUACUUGAGAUAGAGAAGCUGCUGAACAAAGCUGUAGAGAACAACUUGGAGGUGCUCAAUCUGAGCAACAGAAACAUGACCAUUCUCCCCAGCAACAUACACAGAUUGGACAAGAUCAGAAAGUUGAUGCUGAACAACAACAAACUUGUCAUGCCCCCAUCAGAAAUAACAAAUCUUGUAACGCUUGAGGAACUCACAUUAGAUAGCAAUAGUUUGACUAUGCUACCAUCCGGUUUGAGUCAAUUGUGCAAUCUUAAGUUUUUUAGUAUAUGCAGCAACCCGUUAAAUUACCUUACCCCAGAUUUGUUUCUUCUGCAAGGUUUAACAAACCUGUGGCUAGCAGAAUGUCAGCUAGUGAGCAUACCCUCAGAGAUUGGACAUCUAGUAAAUCUGGAAACUGUUAGUGUACGUGGAAACAGGAUAACAACCGUACCUUGUGACUUUAGCAACCUAGUGAACUUAAGGUGGUGCUGCUUUGCGAACAAUCAGCUGGACUCACUACCAGAUGAUUUCUGCAAUUUAAGAUCUCUUGUUUAUCUCGAUUUGAGUGAAAAUAGUUUUCAAUCAGUGCCUGAGUGUGUGACUAAACUUGGGGGAUUGCUCACACUGCUUAUCCGCUCUAAUGAAAUAAGUAGCAUGUGUGAUGACUCAGUAUUAGCGCUAGCAAAUCUCAACAAACUUGACUUGCGAGACAACCCUAUUAAAGAAAAACCGACUCAUUGGAAGGGUCUGGACUAUAUACUAGUGGGGAAGACUGGCCUGGAUGGGCUUGAUGAGGAGCUGUCAGCAGGUUGCCAUGGAGACCAAUCUGAGGAGGAAGAGAGCAGUGAGGAGUCAGGGGAGACAAGUGAGGAGUCAGGGGAAGUAAAUAGUCAGUCAGGGGAGACAAGUGAUGCAUGUGAGCAGAAGGAGGAGGAGGAGGAGAAAUAUACUGAACAUCCAACCAGUGUACUUACAAGUUGCUGAUGGAAGAUAUCUCUGGGGACAAGAAAUAAUUUUUAAACACAAAACUUGAUGUAUUAAUCGGUUAUGUGAAUGGUGCAAGUCUGAUCCAGAAAAUGUAGUUUGUAGUACAUGAUUUCUGUCUGUUUGUUAUAAGAAUCUCUCAGUUCAAAGUAUUAAAUAUGUAAAACAU